AUGUUCCUCCCAUAUCACAUUUUAGAGGCUUUUAUUUACAGAAUUGGGAAGCACCACCCUACGAAAAAUAUAACAUCUACAGACAGGCAGAAUAGCCGUGAACAUGUUUUAAAAUUCGCCGCCGUAACAACUUUAGAUAAUAGGGGGGCCUCCGGGCAAAAUGCUCAGGGUACCCUUUCAACCGAAAGUUACUGUGAUGCCAGCUUUUUAAAGCAGAUGGCUCUUUUUGAAGACUCGCCAGAUACACCCUUGUCAAAAAAGUUUAUCAACUCAUUAUCAUCUUUACCCUCAGACCAACUUGAGAAAAGAGACCUUUUAGGAAGGACUUUACUCCAUAUUUUGUGCAUUACCAACAGCUAUAAACUUUUAUCCAAAUUACUAAAGAAUCCAAGCAUAGACAUCACUGUCUGUGACUAUGAAAGCAAAUGGAACUGUCUACAUUUUGCAAUUUUCCACAAAAACUUUAUUAUAGCUCGAAUGCUAUUGCGUUUGCCUGGAUCUUUAAAACUAUUGAGAUCGAAAGAUAGAAAUGGAUACACACCUCUAGAUCUUCUAAGCAGCGAGGGGAUCACAAGUUUGCACUGGAUUCCUGAAAGCAUUGGUCGAAUACACAAAACUCGGUUCCAGAACAAACGGGCUACCUCUUUUGCAAGCUGUUUAAGUGAAAUUAACGUCGUCAAAAGAUUCAAAGUCCAAAAGAGUUCUCAUAAACGAGAUCAGGAUAAUGUAACUGCAACGGAUACCCAGAAUAAUGAAGCGCUUGAGAGUCAUGAAAUUUCUGAGCAUAGGAUAGAUCUAUCAUCUUCCUUUUUGACGAACAUGUUGUUUGUUCCUAAGAGAGGUGGCUCUGAUCUCUUGUUUUUGGCGUUAAAUAUUAAUCCUACUGAUCCAUUCGCUCUUGAAAGAGUUGAUUUACAGACCUUGAAGUUACAUUAUGGCUCCAGAGAUUAUUAUAAGCGUUUUAGCGACAGCAUUUCUUUGCCUAGAAUUAGGUUUACCGCUAUUUCCAGCUUCCACCGUGUUAUUUUGACAUGCGAACCCUGCGGAAAUAUUUUUGUAGCUGGUCAAUCUUCGAACGGCAGAUUAGGAUGUCCCGGAUCAAGUUUAACAUCCGGAAAUUGUUAUGUCCCUAUUCCAGCUCUUUUCAAAGAGCAAAUUAUAGCGGUAGACGUUUCUGAUAAUCACUCUGUUUGUCUAACCUCAUCAAAUAAGAUAUUUACUUGGGGUGCAAACACAUAUGGUCAGCUCGGAUACUUGUUGGACAAUGUGAGAUCACAGACAGAUGGAAUUCAGCCUACUCCAAAGCUUGUGUGUAAUGGAGAUAUCCGCAAACUGCACUCAAGAUUGAUUGGUGUCGCAUGUUCUCGUUUUCACACGAUUGCUUACACCUCCAGGGAACUUUAUGUGUGGGGAGCAAAUAUUGGCCAGCUUGGAUUUCCUACAGUUUCGAGUGAAAACUUUAAAACUUCGGUUUCCCCAUCUGCCUUCCCAAUUGAGGUUUUUCCCCACAAGUUGGAGUUCAAAUAUGGCACCAUUGUCCAAGUUUGUGCGAUAGAUCAUACUACAUUGGUUUUAUCAGAUAAGGAGGAGAUUCAUGCGUACUUGCAUGGUUUCCACGUGAAAAUCACACCACCAUUAUUAUCAAAGAUUGAUGAGUCAAAUUUUGGCACUUUCAAGCCACGUGCGCUAUCGAAAAGAAAGCAUAUUGUAAAGCUUGUCACUCAAAAAGCGUCGAAUCUUUGCCUCAUGAUCUAUGAUAAUGGUGAUAUUGGACAGUUUGUAUUGGAUACGCAUGCUAAAAAUGCAGCUGAGCUAAAUAGCAUGCUCAAUUUUUCGACUGUAUGGAAAGCCACAAAGCGUCAUAUGAGAUGCACAGAUGCUAGUAUGGGUAAUGAUGGCUCUAUUAUAAUAUGUGUUGCAGAUGGAAGCGUCUAUCGAAGAGUAAAAAGAGUUAAAGUUAAGCAUGCCUAUUCCAGUCAAGGUCUCAUCUCUAAAAGAUACAAAUUCAUGAAAAUUCCAGGGUUGAAUAGGGUCGCUCGUGUUACUUCAGAUCCAUCAUUUGGGAAAUUUUUCUUUAUCAGGGAUGAUAUUGACAUGCUUCAGCACAGAUUACGUAAAAGUACUGUUUUGCGUGAUAUUGGUCAUUUGUCCCCUCUUUACGAGCUUGGUAACAGGCACCUUCAGAAGAGAUACAUUGUUGAUGAUAGUAAGCAUCCUGCACUUGUUGAAAGUGAUACUUUCAAGACCGACUUUGUUUUCAGGACAGAAAGCGAUAUAGCUAGUGAGUCAAUGGAUGAAGUUUCUUUAGACUUCAAUCAAAAUGAUUCGGAGCAUGAUACAAUUCAAGUUUUACGGCAAUCGGCAUUAGAGGAAAAUGACAGAUUGUACAAGCGGUACUUGACUCGCUGGAUCUGUCCUCCACCUGAAAAUUCAAUUCGGUAUAAAUAUGAAGACAUCGAAGGGUUUGACGAUCUUUUGAUGGCUGAGAACAUCGAUUAUUGGCUAUCGAUGAAAAGCCUUGACUCAGAUUGUAAGCACUAUGAUUUGAAUAUUGAUGUUGUUGACGACGUUUUGGGAAAAGCUUUUACCUUUCAUGCACAUAAAAACUGGAUCUCACAGAGAUGUCCACCAGUGGCGAAUCUAUUCAAUGGAAACUCCAUUGGAAGGGACCUUGGUGAUGUAAAAUGUAAGAUGAGGGUUGUUCUUGAAUGUCCAUCUGUUUUGAAGAUAGCAGGUGAUGUCACUAUUCGUUCGGUGGCUGUUCUUCUUCAUUUUCUUUAUACAGAGAAAUAUGUUGAUGUGUGGAAUAAAUUUCCAUUAGGAAAGGUUCCGGCUGAAAUUCAGCGCACUAGAGUUGCAUUUCAUACAUUAUCAAGACUUUUUGGCGUUGUUAGUCCGAUGGGAAGAGUUCAGUGCAUCAGACCGCUCCUUAAGGACCUAGAAUUAUUGCUAAAUGGUUCAUCAGGUGAUGUGACUAUUUGCCUGGAUGAUGGUACGAUUAAGGCACCAAAGUAUUUGCUUACAUCACGUAGUGUCUACUUUGAAACCAUGUUUAGAUGGAAUGGGUCUGAUUCAAACGUUCCAAAUAUUUGCAACCUAGAGUUUCCGGGUGUUUCAAAAGAUUGCUUUGGUGUUGUCAUGAAGUUUUUGUCGGGAUCAGACAUUGAAAAUUUGUUUGAUGGUAUUUACUUUGGUGAUUGCGAUGAAUUUGUCAGUUUCUGCUUGCAGAUGAUUGUGAUAGCAGAUAAGCUGCUUUUGGAUGGUUUGGUCGACGAGCUUCAACUUUGUAUCAAAGAUUUCAUCUGUCUUGAUAAUAUUGAGGUUCUGUUGCGUGCAUCAUAUGAUUUAGAUGCGGAGAAGCUUUUUGAAAACUGUCUUUGGUUUGUUUAUAACAAUUUGGACGUACUCCUUAUCGAUGAGAACUUCUUCAAGGUGGAUGAUUUAGAAAACAGAACCAUUUUGAAGAAGAUUGACGCGUAUAUUAAACGAUUCAACGAGUUCAAGCAGGUGGAUAAGCCAACUAUAUUGAACAGGGAUGGAUCGCAGAAUUUGAAUUUGCUAAAUACCCAUCCGAAUGGUUUGAUCAUGCAAUUUGUUUCUGAUGUCAACAAAUUUAACAGCCACUUUGUUCAUCCUUUGCUUUGGGAUGCUCUUGGUUCGUUCAAGGAGGAUGAGGAUUUGUUUUCUAGCAGGAGUAAUGGCAGCAAAAGCCGUCCAUCUUCAAAGAAAAAGGGAAGCAUAGAUAAUGCCUUUACUUCAAGGCGUAGAUCUUCAAGUCAUGAGUCUAUUCCAGGUGCACAUACGGUGCAGCAACCAGAAAGUUCAGGGCUGCUCUUUAAUAGAUCUAACCGAAGCUUCAAUUCCAGCACUGACUCCUUUGCUAGUGGCAGUGCUAUUGAAGAUGAUGACUUGGAUCCAGAUGACUCCAGUAAAAGGGACUUUGUGAUUGUUUCUCAUAGAAGAAAGUCUAAUUCUAGGCGCCGGAGCUCGACUUCACUACCAAUUUCUCGUUCUAGUUCUUCUAGUGGUAGGCAAGGAAGUGUUACGCAUAUUGUCCCGGGGUCGGUUCCCGUUUCAACCUCAAAUUCUGUGGCAAGUAUUAUUUCACACUCUGGUAGGAGAGUAUCUUUGGCACAAAGUUCCAGACCCUCGGGUCCAUUCUUGGCAGCUCAAUCCUUAGUUCCAUCUCGUACAACUUCAAGCUCGGGCUCGUUCAGGAAGUCUAUUUCUUCAGAAUAUAUGCCAACACUUGGAGAUGCUAUAAGGAAGGCUUCAGAGUCUGAAAGUGGUAAUUCAAAUAUCUCUUCUAAGACAGGUGGCAGCACGUUUAUGCCAAGAUUAUCACAAAAGGAACGUAAGAGAAGGGCAGCCACUUCGAAAUUAAAGAGUAAUGAUAACAGGAAUGGAAAGCCGGUAAAGCCUGUCAGUGCACCAUGGACGAAAGGUUCAACUUGGAAUUCUGUGAGCCCUGAGGAAUUACCAGCUUUGGAUGUUUCUGUCACCAAAGUCGGAACGAGUACAAGAAAAAGUAGUGUUGGAAUAGAUACCAGGUUUUCACGUGGGAAUGUGUGGGGCAGUAUAACACCUGAUGCGUCUGAUAAAACUUCCGGGAAAGCUAUCACAUCAUUUGAUUCGGUUCUAUUCGAAGAAAAGCUAAAUGAGAGUAUGGAGCAGAGGCAGCAAAACCAAAAUGUUUCUUUGGAGGACAUACAGCGGGAAGAGGCGUUUGAUCAAUGGUGGAAAGAAGAAAGUGCACGAGUUCAAGGUCAAAUGAAGGCAGGAAGAACACCUGCAGAAGGAAGCAGUAGUACACAUUCGAAUAGGAGAAGAGGUGGUGGUAAGAAGAAGAUAUCAAAUCGUCGUCAGCAUAAUAAUCACAGCAAUCAAAGUAAUACGGGAUCAAGCACAGGUCGUGAACUUGGAAGAGAGGACAAUAAAAAAGCACCAAGGAGUCAGCAUAAAGGCAGAAAGCGUACAAAAAAGAAGAAAGAGCAACUUUGA